UGUUGUAUUCGGAAACGGAAGUGUAAUGGAAUAACGACGAAUCAAAGCUUAGGCGGGAACAUGGGUUUUUCGUUUUAUCCAAUCAAAUCCCACAUAUCGCAACAGAGCAACUCUAGACUAGCCAAUGCUGCUAACAGCACACGGUCGUGUGAAGCUAGUGCCCCAUAGCAAGUGAAUAUCGUUUAGAAAAAAGAUCGUAAGCAAAGUUACAUUUCUACAACAAAAACGAUGACUGGCUCAAACGAGUACAAGCUUAACCAGGGCCCAGAAGACAGCAUCUCUGCUGUGAAGUUCAGCCCUAGUACAGCCCAAUUUCUAUUGGUAUCCUCCUGGGACUCUACUGUCCGCCUUUAUGAUGUUGGGGGGAACUCCAUGAGGAUGAAGUAUCAACACUCAGCGCCUGUUCUAGAUUGUGCUUUUUAUGAUCCUACACAUUCCUGGAGUGGAGGUUUAGACACUCAGCUGAAAACCCAUGAUCUUAACACAGAUCAAGAUACUAUAGUUGGGACACAUGAUGCUCCCAUUCGUUGUGUAGAGUACUGCCCAGAGGUCAACGUCAUGGUAACAGGAAGUUGGGACAGAUCAGUUCGGCUGUGGGACCCUCGGACACCAUGUAAUGCUGGCACCUUUAGCCAGCCUGAAAAGGUGUAUACUCUAUCUGUGGCGGGAGACAGGGUGAUUGUGGGGACUGCAGGCAGAAGGGUACUGGUUUGGGACCUCAGGAACAUGGGCUAUGUUCAGCAGAGGAGAGAGUCCAGUCUCAAGUACCAAACACGCUGCAUUCGAGCCUUCCCCAACAAGCAGGGCUAUGUUCUGAGUUCAAUCGAAGGCCGUGUGGCCGUGGAGUACCUGGACCCAAGCCAGGAGGUUCAAAAGAAGAAGUAUGCCUUUAAGUGCCACAGGCUGAAGGAGAAUGGAAUUGAACAGGUUUACCCUGUCAAUGCCAUCUCAUUUCACAGUGUCCACAACACAUUUGCCACAGGUGGCUCAGACGGGUUUGUGAACAUCUGGGACCCCUUCAACAAGAAGCGUCUGUGCCAGUUCCACCGCUAUCCCACCAGCAUCGCCUCACUGGCCUUCAGCAAUGACGGCUCCACGCUGGCCAUUGCCUCCUCCUAUAUGCAGGAGCAGGGAGACAUUAGCCACCCGGAGGACGCCAUCUUUAUCCGCCAAGUAACAGAUGCCGAGACCAAGCCCAAGUAAAUUCCAGCAGGACGUCCUCGCGAUGGUGUCUGGACUACGCUCUUGCCUCGUGUUUGUGAAACAACAGUCAAGAAGAGAUUGUGUAGCUGUGGCACUCACUGGUCUGUAUCUUGCUCCCUUCUGUUUUUUCCAAUAUCCGACUGUUUACAGGCAGAUGACCAUUUGAGAAAAUGCAUCCCUACACCGAUGAUUGUCUUGUAACGUGUAUAAUUCAACAUUCUUGAUUUCCUAAAAUAAAUAGUUUGUUUUUAAAAGUAGAAGUAAAGUAACAUUUCAUAAUCUUGUGAAUACAAUGUAUAUUUUCUUUUUUUUAUGCAACAAUGCAAUAAAUUUGAUUUAAAAUACA